GUGUUGCUUCACAGCGCCACAGAGAGCGCGGUCGCAUAGGGAGUGUGCAACUGAAUUUCAAACGCAAACAACUUGUAUGGGAUUCUUCCCGCCUUGUUGUGACAGGGUCCAGAGCUAGCGCAAUUACGGAUUCGGAGGGAAUUUAAACAUUUCUUUGAAAGUUGCAAGAAAAGAGACAACGGACUGCUUUAGAGACUGAAGAACAGACAGGCCCCGGAACUGCAAGAGCCCCCCUUCGCUGAAGAGCCACUGUGAACGUCUGGAAGCUGAAAUUGUGUGUGAAGACUAAAGGCGUAGGGGGCUAGUCUGAGCAACUCGAGUAGCAGUUGAAGAGUUUGGAAUAGAAGAGAAUAAGUUGAGAACGUUCGCUAGUUUUUAAAAGGGCCCGUUACCUUUCUGCCCCCCUCGACUACGGAGCGGAGUAAACAGGCCGUGAGUUUCUCGGCGCGAGCCCAAAUCGAAUUUUACCAUUUGCUGUUUAUCUCGUCGUCUCCUCCUCUUUCUGUCGGCGCGCUUGUUUGAAAAUGUCGAGGUCGAACCGGCAGCAGGAGUACAAGAUAGGGGACUUGGUCUUUGCUAAGAUGAAGGGCUACCCACACUGGCCCGCGCGGAUUGAUGAGAUGCCUGAGGGAUUGGUGAAGUCUCCUUCCAACAAAUACCAGGUGUUCUUCUUUGGCACUCAUGAAACAGCAUUUUUAGGACCAAAAGAUCUCUUUCCUUAUGAAGAAUGCAAGGAGAAGUUUGGGAAACCAAACAAACGGAAAGGAUUCAGUGAAGGCUUGUGGGAAAUUGAGAAUAACCCAACCGUGAAAGCAUCAGGAGUCCAGCCGUCUAAAAAGAGGAGCUCUGCAAAAUCUGAGCCUGAACCCGAAGCUGAAGGUGAUGGGGACAAGAAAGGCAGUGCAGAAGGAAGUAGUGAUGAUGAAGGUCCACUGGUGAUUGAUGAACAAAAAGAUAAGAAUGAGAAGGCAUCCUCAAAGAGGAAAGCAGAGGAUGAGGCAGAGAGUUCUCCAAAACGCCUCAAGGAGUCUGAUCAAGAAGAAGAAAAGGAAGUGGAAAAUGAGGAAACUCCCAAGAAGGACAAGGAAGAGGAAGAACCACAGCAAGAAGAGUCUAAACAGUCUCAGCCAGAAUCGGCACCAACACACGCAGAGGGAGAUAAAGAAAACACUCCUUCUGAGCCAGUAAAAUCCACAGAGACUAAGGAAGAUGAAAAGGCUAAUUCAGAAGCAGUAGAAGAUCAGAAAUCACAAGGAGAGCCUAUUGCCAGCAGCGUUUAAAGGGAAUGGACUUGGGAAGACCAGCUCAACCAUCAGGUUUUUUGGGGUCUGAAGAGUUCAAGUUCUCCAGUUCAGUGAAAAGACAAAAAUCUCAAACCAGUGUUUGGGUGCGUGUGGCAGGUUCAGUCUGGGCGG